AUGUCUAUCGUUCCACAAUUGAAGGAAGAAUUAAGAAAGGUUGGUACCGGUUAUGGUAUGAUGAGUUUGACUUGGAAGGCUGAACCAGUCCCUGAAUCUCAAGCUCAAGAUGCUAUGUUGAAGGCCAUUCAGUUGGCUAAGGCUAACGGUUCAAAGGCUUUCUUUAACGUUGCUGAGUUUUAUGGUCCUGACUUUAUCAACUUGGUUUAUGUUAAGAAUUUCUUUACCAAGUAUCCUGAAUUAAGAAAGGAUGUAAUUGUCAGUUGUAAAGGUAGUUUUGAUGUCCAAAAAUUUGUACCAUUAGGUAAAGCUGAUGAUGUCAGAAGAAGUGUUGAAAACUGUGUCAGUGCAAUGGGUGGUUUCAUUGAUAUUUUUGAAGUAGCUAGAAUUGACACUUCUAUUAUCCCACCAGGACAAGAUUACCCAUAUGAAACCUUUGAAACAUUAGCUGAAAUGGUUGAAAAUGGUGCAAUUGGUGGUAUCUCUUUAUCUGAAGUAGAUGAAAAACAAAUUAGAGCUAUUGCUAAAGAUUGGAUUAAGUAUUUGACUUGUGUUGAAGUGGAAUUAUCUUUAUUCAGUCCACAAAUUUUGUCUAAUGGUGUUGCCAAAGCUUGUAGCGAUCUAGGCUUAGUUAUCAUCUGUUACUCCCCAUUAGGUAGAGGUUUAUUGACCGGAAAAUUUACUUCCACAAGUGAUAUUCCUGCAGGUGACUUCAGAUUGGCUUUGAAAAGAUUCCAAGGUGACGCCAUGAAGCAAAACUUGUUGCUAACUCAAUUCUUGGCCUCUGAAAUUGUAGCAAAGAGAGAUGCUGCUCACCCAAUUAAUUUGCCACAAGUUGCUUUAGGCUGGAUUAAACACUGGAAUAAGGAAAAAGAGUUCUCUGGUGCUAAGUUUAUUCCAAUUCCAAGUGGUUCUUCUGCUGAGAGAGUUACCGAAAACUUUGAUGAAUCAAGAAGUCAAUUGACUGAUGAAGAAUUCAAGAAGAUUUCUGAUUUCUUGAAGGAUUUCACCACUGUCGGUGAUAGAUACGAAACUGCCUAA